AUGUUAUGUGUUCAUUUCCAAGGGAGUAGGUCAAGAAAAUCAUUCUAUUUACCGACCCGUCCAUCCAGGUUUCUUGCGUAAGCGUACUCGUAUCAAUACAUAAAACCAGGAUACCACUUGUGAUCACUGUAGUCGGUUUAUUGAUCAUCAGACAAGACGCCUGUCAACCGGAUCAAAUUAUGAACUGAGUGUAUGGUAUGGAGCUUCAAGGAUAUGAGAAGAAUUCUGAAGGUAUUUUAUAAGCUCAAAAUUAACAAUGAUGACUGAGGAAGCGAAAAACUCUGAUCAUGAUGAACGGUCUCAUCUGAUGUCUACAGAACAAGGCUGCAAUAACCUGUAUGCUGUAACUUAUGAGGAGGCAAUUAGCAAAACAGGGUAUGGAAAAUUCCAUUUUAUGGUGCUGGCAUUGUGUGGAUGGGCUGUGUCCAGUGAUGCUAUAGAAGUCCUGUCCAUCUCAUUUGUGUUGCCAGCAGCACAAUGUGAUCUUAACCUGACUUCGAACGACAAAGGAUGGCUCAACUCAAUCAUAUUUGUUGGUAUGAUGUUAGGUGGAUAUGGAUGGGGCUCACUUGCUGACCAUUAUGGCCGUAGACAAGUCUUACUAGGCUCACUAACCGUUAAUGGACUUGCAGCACUUGCAUCAAGUUUCUCUCAAACAUUUUGGCUUUUCUUGUUGUUGAGGCUGUUCAGUGGAAUAGGUGUAGGAGGAAGUAUUCCAGUUAUCUUCUCCUAUUUUACGGAGUUUCAGCCAAAAGAAAAACGAGGAACUAUGAUCAGUGUCCUAGCAACAUUUUGGAUGUUUGGAAACAUCAUUGCUGCAGGGUUGGCUUGGAUCAUCGUACCUCUUGAUAUUGGCUACUUCUCAUCAACUUUCACCUAUGACAGCUGGAGGAUCUUUAUUGCGAUCUGCACUUUUCCAAGUCUGUCUUCUGCAGCUCUUUUCUUUUUGAUGCCAGAAAGCCCCAAAUUUCUGUUGAAUGUAGGUAAAGCAGAGCAGGCAGCUGUAGUGCUGAAAAAGGUUUACGAUAUCAACAAUCCAAAAGCUAUCAUACCAUUUGAAGUGGAGACCAUAGUUUUGUCAUCAGAUAACAAAACAGAAUCACUUCACCGCAUCAAUGCCAACAAGAAUGUCAAACACACGUGUGGCUCAAAGUCUGUCACAAGGCUGUUGAACUCCACAUUUGAACUACUUCAAGCUCCCCUACGUCGAUCCACCAUCAUUCUGCUGACUGUUUCCUUCACCAUUAGUUUUGGGUACUAUGGGCUGUGGAUGUGGUUUCCUGAGUUGUUUUCUCGUGUAGAGAAAUAUGGUGGAUCUCCCUGUGAUCAUGUGAAGGUCGUUAAUGCCACAUCAAACAACCACACCUGUAUAAUUCCAGAUAAUUGGACGUAUCAGUCGGGAUUCCUCACAGCACUCUCCAACUUGCCGGGAAACUUGUUCACAAUAUUCCUUAUGGAUAGACUCGGUCGAAAGACAAUACUAGUGAUUGGUAUGCUGGGAUCUGGUGUGUCAGUGUUUUUCAUCCCCUUAAUCCACAAUAAGAUCCAGAAUCUCUUGCUCUCCUGUACAUUUGGUCUCAUCUCCACACUGGCCUGGAAUGCUCUUGAUGUGCUUCAGGCUGAGCUAUUUCCAACUGGUGUCAGGUCAACAGCUAUGGGAUUGUCUUCUGCAGCAAGUAGAAUUGGUGCAAUCCUUGGAAACCUUGCAUUUGGGGAAUUAGUGGAUGUUCACUGUGCAGUGCCUAUGAUAAUGGUGGCAGCUCUUCUUGUUCUGGGCGGACUUACCUCCCUUAAAUUACCCAAUACAACCAAAAUAGACAUUCAUUAACCACUGCCUUACACACUAUAGUACAAGUUCACUAUAACCUAGCUACUUUAUCUGGUAUAAUUUUAUCUAGAUCCAUCUACACUGGGUUUGAAUUAGUCCAAAUAGUUUCCU